AUGGAAAAAUUUGAGAAACCAAAAGUUCCGGUGAUAAUAGCAAUGAAAGGGCAUCCAGGCACCGGAAAAAGCACAAUCGCCGCCGCAAUCGCCGCCGUACUCCAGUGCACACUCAUAGACAAAGACGACAUCCGAGACGCAACACUUUUUCUCUCCUCCACCGCCACGUCAUCAGCACUCAACGACCUCUCCUACGACGCCAUGUGGCGCGUGGCAUCAACGCAGAUUCGCCUCGGUCUCUCCGUCGUCGUCGACUCGCCUCUUUCCCGGCGCCACCAUCUAGACGCCGUCCGCCGGAUCUCCGGCGAGACCCACCGUGUUUUGAUCGUGGAAUGUCGGCCGUCCGAUGAAGGGGAGUGGCGGCGGUGGGUUGAACGGCGGGGAGAGGAAGAUGGAGGGGUGGGGCAUAAGCCGGCCACGUGGCAGGAUAUGGAGCGUUUGUUGGAAGGGUAUGAUGGAUGUACGGAGUAUGAUGUGGGUGAGGUUCCUAGGUUGGUUGUUGAUACUACUAAUUGUGGGGUUGAUGGGGUUUUAUGUAGUGUUAUAGAAUUUAUUGAAAAUCACUGUGGCGAUCAUCCGUCGUGA